AUGGUUACCACGGCAAAGAACGACAAACCUCCAAAGCUAAGCCUAAAAGAAAAAGAAAAGGAAAAGAGCACAACUUCAAGCUCUGAAUCAUCAUCCUCAUCAUCCUCAUCAUCCUCAUCAUCAUCUUCUUCAACAUCAAGCUCCAGUGGUGAAAGUAGCAGCAGCUCAGACUCCAGCUCCUCCUCUUCAUCAAGCUCAUCAUCUGACAGCGAGUCGUCUUCUUCCUCAUCAAGCUCAUCAUCUGACAGCGAGUCGUCUUCUUCCUCAUCAAGCUCAUCAUCUGAUAGCGAGUCGUCUUCUUCCUCAUCGAGCUCUUCAUCUGACAGUGACUCCUCCUCAUCAAGCUCUUCAUCAAGCUCAUCAUCUGAAAGCGAUUCUUCGUCAUCUUCCGACAGUGAAUCCUCUUCUUCUUCGUCAAGCUCGUCAUCUGACAAUGAGUCUUCUUCGUCAUCGAGCUCGUCAUCUGACAGUAAUUCAUCAUCUGAUAGCGACUCUUCAUCAUCGUCUGAUAGCGACUCUUCAUCAUCAUCUGAUAGCGACUCUUCAUCAUCAUCUGAUAGCGAUUCCUCUUCUUCGUCUGAUAGCGACUCUUCCUCUUCAUCUGACAGUGAUUCUUCCUCUUCAUCAUCAUCAUCAUCAAGCUCUUCGUCUGACAGCGAAGAAACAAGUGACAAAAAGAGAAAUAGAGAAGAAAUAAAAAAAGUAAGUGACGACAGCUCAAGCAAUAGCACACCUGAAAGUUCAGUAGAAACAACUCCAGAACCAGAACAAAAAAGACAGAAAUUAAAUAUAUCAGCUGGUGUCGACGAGAUUAAAGAUGGUCAAAGGAAGCACUUUUCAAGAGUUGAGAGAGAAAAGAUUUCUUUCGAAGCAUGGGAAUUAACUGAUAACACUUAUAAGGGUGCUGCUGGUACUUGGGGUGAAAUGGCUAACGAAAAAUUAGGUAGAGUAAGAGGUAAAGACUUUACAAAGAACAAAAACAAAAUGAAAAGAGGGUCCUAUAGAGGCGGUUCAAUUACGUUAGCCAGUGGCUCUUAUAAAUUUACCGAUUGA